AUCGGAUAAUCUCGUAGGUUCCAUCUGAACAGACAACACGAAUUUUACCUAAAAAAGAAGAAGAAACAGAAAGAAAAGACGCUAGAAGGACGUGUGUACUACUCCACUCCUUAACAAUCGGUACAUGGGAGUAAUUGGUAAACGUAAGUAUUCUUUAUGGAUUAAUUAGGCUUUUAUCUAGAUACGGCAAAAGAAUUUGUUAAGGCCUGCUCUGCUAUAUAUAUAGUCUGUCAUCCAGAAAAACCAGGCACAUCGGUGUCUGUCUAACCCAUCUAUUCUGCUCCGUUUCAGCCUCCUCGUGCCUUGUUUGUCGAACAAACAACUGGAGGAAAAAAACGUCCGUCCAUCCGUGCGUGUUAGCUGCAGGCUGCAGCUCCCACUUGCCAGCUUGUCUCAAGGUGUUUGCGCUCUACAACUGGCCAGACAGGGCUCUUGUCGGAUCAUACGUCGACAGCAGCCUUCUCACAGGCUCGAACUGGGGCGCCAACAGGUUGUUCUCGAGGUUCAGCAGCACCAGCAGGACUGUCUUGGCUGUGAUGUCGUCCAUCUCCUUCAGCUUCUGCAGGUGGGCUUCCACCGGGACCGGCGCGUCCGCGUCGAACAUGUCGCCGACGAACCUGUACACAUGCGCAAACGGCAUGUCCUCGGGUGACAACGGGAGCUCGAUCUGCUGUUGGUCCUCCACGACGCCCAUCGCCGACGCUUCACUUGCGCUGCCGCCGCCGCCGCCACCGCCGCCAGCCCAGUCUAUGCUGGUGCCGCUCAAGCUUCUGGACCUUGAGGAAGUACUUCUGCGCGUGGCUCCGUAUCUGGACUGUCGUCUUGGUGCCGACAUGCUCCUCGAUCUUCUUCCAGUCGCGUCCAAACAUGAGCAGCGCGUCGACGAAGCGGGCGUGCUCCUCGGUGCUCCACCGCUCGCGGGGCUUGGUGAUGGUGUAGGGCUUCCUCGCCUUCUUCCCGGGCAUCUCGCAGCCCCCGCCGUCCGUGGACGAGUAAUCCCUCUCCAUGGACCAGCUCAGCUCAGCUCAGCUGAUGCCUGAUGGGAACGGGGUCGUCGUCCCCCGAAGCACGGCCUGCAGGCAUAUAUAAUACAGUACGCGAGAGGAGAAAAGGCACAGGAUCCAUCUGGAGUUGGGGGGAGUCGGGACAGCAAGCUGACUAGCUAGCUCAGGUUCAGUCACCAUUCGCCCCCCUGCAGACACGCGCAUCGGCCGGCGGCCGGCGGUGGUAGUUGAGGGCUUGAGGCACGAGCGGAAAUGGCCGUGUGCUGUCGUCUGUGCGGAGCCGCGCGCCGGCGCGCGCCUAAGAUUUAGGCGGAGGGCGAGGCCGGGCGAGACGACAGAGCGGCGAGCGCCUAGCGCCUAGCGCGGUUGGUCGUUGGUUGAUUGGUUUGGCG